AUGUCGCCCCAAGACGAUUCAACAACUGUGGAGCAAUCGCCACCAGCUGAACACCAACACAACAAUGACAAGGCGAACACCAGCGAGACUGAGGACGAGGAUACCAAACCAACACACCCCGUUAAAGACAAUGACGCUAUUGAGCAUUCGAACACGAACAAGCCAAUGUCGAUUCCAACCAUUGUCAUCAACAAUAGCGAAGGUGGGAACGUUGAGCCUUUACCAGACUCGCCUACGACUCCUGAAGAAGCUAUUCCAGCACAUGACGACGACGAGCAUAAUCAACAUACUCGAGAAGAGCCAAUAAUACAUGAAGAACCCGAUGAUAUUGUUGAUGAGAAGAAGGAAGACAAUGAACAGCAUGUGGAAAUGGAUGUGAAGGAGAAACCUCAGGAACAACAGCAAGAAGAGGAUGAUCCAAAGGCUGAACAUGUCGAACAACCACAACAAGAGGAAGAGGAAAUGACUGAUCAUCGACAUGAUAAAGAGACUGAGCCCAUAUCACCUGCAGCCACCAACAACGCCGACGUUGCUAUAGUGGAUGAGGCUGUUGUUACAACAGAGCACAAGCCUUCUCAACAACCUUCAUCACCGCCGGUCGAGCCCGAAAAUCCCGACAAUGAACAACCAUCAUCACCCAUAGCAACAAAGGAUGAGACACCACCAACAACACCAUUAGUCGAACCCGAAUCGCUGGAAAAACAAACUCCUAUAUCACAUGAGAAUACAAUGGAAGAACAGCCCCCAUCACCCGAACCGGUACCUGAAGCAUCAGCAGCAGCAGCAGCAGCAACAACAGGGCUUGGCAUAGCAGCUCAACAACAACAGGAUGAUGAUGAUGACGAUGAUGAAACGCCACUUUAUCAACGCCGUAUACAACCUCCAUCACCUUCAGUGGCUGACUUUUAUGCUGGCAAAACGGUGCUGCUCACAGGCUCCACAGGAUUCGUUGGCAAGGCUGUGCUAUGGAAAUUGAUUCAUUCUCUUGGUUCAAGUAUUGGCAAGAUUUAUUUGCUAAUUCGAAGCGGCAGCAACAAACGAAGCAAAAUUGGUCGGCCUGCAGAUCGUAUCAAAAAUGAGAUCUUGAACAAUAAGGCGUUUUUGGAUCUACGAUCGGACAUGGGUGAAGCUGUCUUUGACGAGAUCAUACAAUCAAAAGUACAACCUAUUACUGGUGACAUCAUUUCGCCCGACCUUUCCUUGUCAGAUCAAGAUCGAGAGAUGAUCAUCAACAGUGUUCAAGUUUUUAUUCACUGUGCUGCAACGUUGGAUUAUCAUGAACGAUUGGAUUUGGCCUUGGAGACCAAUACCUUGGGUACCUUGCGAUUGAUGGAUCUUGCAGAUGAAUGUGUUAACAUGGAGUCGUUUGUGCACAUGUCAAUCGCCUAUUUCAAUCCAAACAUGCCUGAUGGUUACAUUCAAGAACGUGUCUAUCCCAUGGAGAUUGGUGAUCCUGAAGAGCUAUUGAAGGAGAUUGUUGGAUUGGAGUUACAAGAUAUCCCAAAGAUGACUCAGCGCAUCAUGCAAGCAUUUCCCAAUACCUACACCUUUACCAAGUUCUUGACGGAGCAUCUCAUUCUCAAACGUGUGGAUUAUAAUCGGGUGGAGGAAGCACAAGGAGGUAAAAAGCAGUGGCCAAUUGCCAUUGUUCGUGCCACUCAAGUAGGAGCUGGUGCUUAUGAACCUCUUCCAGGCUGGGUGGAUGGUAUUACUGGCACCAAUGGCUCGAUCUUUUUGUUGGGUCACGGGAUCCAAGUCUUGCAAACGGAUAUUGGACAUAUGCCUGCUGAUAUUAUACCCGUUGAUUAUCUUGCACGUGUUGCCUUGAGCAGUGCAGCCAUGAUCCGUGCACCUGGUACUCGAUUCCUUUUGCCAUACAACGAGAUUAUUACCGAAGAUGAUGGAUUGAACAGCCCACUACCACAACCUAUUAUACCGUGCUUCCCCAUCAUUUAUCAAGUUUCGGGUAGCAGCUUACGAAUGGCAACGUGGAGUGAGAUUUAUGAUGGCGUAUGUCAUUACUGGACUCGAAAUACGAAGGUGUCAUUGCCGUCAUCCAAGGAGUACUUUGUGACCAACAAGGCUUUACUUAAAGCACGCAUCUUUGUAAAGAAUCACCUUGCCAACUCGAUUGUAUCCAUGACAACAGCUAUCAAUGCCAACAACAGCAACAACAAUGAUCGAUCUUAUUACUCCAAGGUGACAGCACGUACGAUUGAGAGUGCAUCACGCAACGCCGAAGCCAAUCAGCCCUUUUUACGUCACCGAUGGGUAUUUGACCACCAAAACGUGCGCGCUAUUGCCGACCAAGUGGCCAUGGACGCACAAUUCAAUUUGGCACAGUAUCAACAUAUCGAUUGGUUCUCGUACAUGGUCAAUUACAGCUAUGGCACCCACACCUACAUUGCUCAAAGCCCGCCUGGUUUGCGAAAUUUGGUCGUACCUGAUGAAUGGGAUUGUGCCUUGUAUUCAAAGCAUAUCGAUAUUCGCCAUUCCAUCAUUGAAAAGCCCAUCGAAUCCGUUGUAUUCAGUGCAUCCGAUAUCCAAAAGCGCACCGAGCGAAUGCUUAUUCAGCUUGUCGAGACACUUGAGAAUACGCAAAACUAUGAUCAACGUGAUAAGCGAAAGAACGAGGAAUGGAUCAAUGAUUUCGAUGCAAGCUUGGAUGAUUGGUGCCAUGAUGAUUCUGGUGUACUCAAGGAUGCAAAAACGGCAGCCGUGUUGGGACGCUGGGGCAAGGUUUUGGGUGAACAUGACGAAGCCAUCAAGGUGGUUGUAUUGAAUGAUAAGCGUGUUCGGAAUAGCGUUGAGCAGAUCAUUGAGACAUCAGGUGUUCCUCAGCAGACUGUGGUGGGUGAAGCGAUCAAGAUCCUAUUGCGAAUGCGUGAACGUACACAGCUGGCCUAUGUAUGGUUCGCGGGCGCCUUUUUGGAUGGUCUCUUUAAGCGAUUGUUCUCUACGAUUCGUAUUAGUGAAGCUGAUUUAGCCAAGCUCAAAGAACAAAUCAAGGACAAAAAUGUGGUCUAUGUUCCUGUAUCAAAGACGCUGCUGGAUCAGCUGCUGAUUUGGUAUGUGUGUUUGCGCUAUCAUUUACCUAUGCCAGCUAUCAUUUGUGAUGAAGCAUUGGCACUCCUUGGACCUAUUUCGGAUAUCCUACGUAUUGCUGGUGCCUAUUUUGUACGACGUGAUCAAAACACACGAUCUCCGCUCAAUACAGCCGUUACUGCAGCUUACACAGAAGCCCUUCUUCAUGAACAUGGUGCAUUGUCGAUGCUCAUUGAAAAGACACGUUCACGUACGGGUCGACUUCAUACAGCAUAUGCUGAUGGUAUGAUUGAUAUGGUUCUGGAAGCCAGCCUGGAAAAACAUCAACCAAGCGCACCCUCAACACCCACUGCCAACCCCCAAGCACGCCACAGCUUCCCAACAUCACGACGCAAAGAGACCGUAUUUGUGCCAUUCCAUAUCACCUAUGAGAAGAUCCCUGAAUUGAACAUGUUGAUCGAUCAAGUGCUUGAUCAAAAGCAACCCAAAACCAAAAACACACCAUCAACGCUUUCACCAUCAUCCACUGCAUCAUCUCCCAACGGCAAUGCAAAUGGUCAGCAACCUCAAUUACAACGUAGUAUGUCGGCACUUGCACGUUCGUCAUCAUUUUUGCGACCCAGUGCAUCCGUUGCUGGUCGAGCUGCCAACAAGGACAAUGGUGCAUCUGAAAAAGCAAAAUACGGUCGUGUGUACAUUGGCAUUGGUGACGUGGUGGAUGUACGCAAAAUGGCUGAUGACAUGGAUGGCAAUGAAGAUGAGUUACAUUCGGCUGUGGCAAGAGCUAUCCAAACCAAUCAACAUGAAGCCAUGGUGGUAAGCCCGGUGGCUCUUGUGGCUGCUGUCAUUCUUUUUGGUCGUUCGUCGGGCUCCAUCACAAUGGGCACCAUCUAUGAGCAUGUGUCAUGGUUACGAGACGAGUUGAAUGCGAAGGGCAUUCCAUUGGAUUGGCAAGAGCAUGAAGAUGUGGAAAUCAUGGUGGCCUAUGCACUCAACCUUUUGGACGCACGUCAAAAUAUCACCAUUGAUGGCAAACGUAUCACCGAGAAUUCCAAUGUGCGGGUGAUUGAGCAUGCGGAUAACGUCAUGGCCUUGUCUUAUAUGGCAAAUCAGCUUGUGGAGAUGCUUUUAGCCGAUGCCUUGUUCUCUAUCGGUUACCUAGCAACCGGAAGCAACGGCCAAGUUACAAGAGACGAGUUGUACAAGAGCUUUACAUUCCUGAUUCACCUCUUCAAAGACGAGUUUAUCUACCCAUGGUGCUAUGAGCAGAAAUUCAAUGAGCUACUGGAUCGAUUUAUAUCAAGAAAGGCCCUUGUACCCAUGGGCGAGGAAGGAGUGUUUGAGAGAAAGGCUACCCAAGACAAUGAUCCCACCAUGUAUACGCACGUGUGCUUGAUAGCAUCGCUCCUGUAUCCAACCCUUGAUGCCUACUGGAUUACCUCAUGUUCAUUGUCAGCGUUACGCGAUCUUCCUUACAUGCCACGCAAGAUUAUACCCGUACUUUCGCAAUGGAUUGCUGCACAUUUGAUCAGCGGUCGACGCACCAUGUAUCGUGAGGUGCUAUCAACUGAAGUGAGCCAAAAUGCUGUCGACAACUUUUUGGCAAUUGGGUUCAUUGAAGCUGUUCAUCCCAAGACCAAGCUUUCUCCCGAUGCACAAAUUCUACUAUUGGAAUUGGGUGUUACGACGAAUGAGGAUCUUGUCAUGGUUGCUUCGCAAGAACAUUCUCAACAGAGUGAUAAUCCACUUUCCAAAAUCCAAGAUUUAGCAGCCUUAUGCCACGAGAUUGAAAAGCACCGUUUUGGUUUCAAUAUCCAACUCGAGACGUAUCGCAACAGCCAAGUGUUUGACAAAUGCCAAAACCAGAUCCGUAGCAUCCUUCGUUCAGGUGGCAAGAGCUAUGCAGCAUCCCAUGGCAUGAAUCUAAGCAAGGACGAGGAUCAAAUGAUCCAAUUGGUCUAUUCACUCAAAUCAGCCGGCUCAUCCUCCAGUGAAUCUUCUAGGCGUAAUCCUCGAAGAGUCUCGGAAGCCUACAAUCUAAGAUCACCAUAA